CAUACCUCUAUUCCUCUUUCACGCACACACACACACACACACACAUUCAUAGAUUCUGCCUCUCCUACCCUCACACACGUCCUCUGCCUCUCACUGUCAGUCUGUCUCCUUCUUACAUGCAAGCACACUCCUUCUUCUCCCAGACAGAGGAGCAGUAAACGGAUUGGCGUGGUUCUCGGUGUUUGGCUCCUGGUCUUUGGCUCAGAGGGAGCAGAGCGGCAGAUGGUGAUGUGAAGACGGGCUCAGCCAGAUUUGCCACACAAUGGCUGACAACGGCUGGUUGCCACAGAAUACUGGAUUCAACUUGAUCAUGUGAUGUGACUCCCACCCCAGUUCCCUGCCAUCUAUCAUAGGGGGAUCAUGACCCGCCGGUUGAGCAGUACCGCCCGUUCCCACACUGAGGACUCCAUCUUCCUGAGGCCUGACGAGGACCCUGUCUGGCUGGAUGAGCCCACAAAGACUGAUAAAUUAGCCGACGGAGCCCCUAAAAAAGACAGGCUCCCAAAAUGCACAGACGGACCCGCAAAGGGGCAAAGCCCACAGGGAGAGGAAGUGUUUAUGCACAAGGUGUACGCACUGGUGAUUGAGAUCCACUGCUGGGCUGCACUGUUUAUCUUCUCCCAAGUCACGGGGUACUGGGUGUUUUUUGUGGUGGAAGGAAAUGGACCUCUCUCUUCCAUCUACAAAGCCCUGCAGGUCAUCGAUUUCUACCUUAGCUUCAUCUUACCCUGCCACCCGAUUUUUGGAACAGACUCCAUGGUGUUGAUGAGGGAGGUUGUAAACACCAAAGAGCACAACUGGAUUGUCCAUGGAACUGCAGGCAUCGGUGUGGCCAUUUGUGUAAUCAUGGUCGUCCACAUGGUGUGUAAGUGGCGUUAUGGCACUCAGUUGUGGUCGUCAGGUACUGUGGUGCGGGACCUUGGUGAUCGACGCCAGUCUGUGAGCCGCCAGCCCUCCUUCACUCUGUCAGAGUGGACGGAUGCACAGGAGGACCUGCUGGAUAUAGACCCUGUGCCCCAAACACCGGUCUUCGACAUAGGCCUCGACAACAGGACGGAGGGAGACGCCGCCACCCUCACUGUCACUCCUGUGGGGCUUCAGGAGAGGAGGGGCUCCAAUGUUUCCCUGACCUUGGACAUGUGUACGCCAGGCUGCACUGAACCCUACGGCUACGGAGCCCAGCUCUCCCCCAGAGACCAGACCGCCAAGGAGUACCUUCGACAGGGAACACACACUCUGACCCCUCCCAUGCUACACACACGGGCUAUGGAUGACCAGAGCCUGCAGGCUGAGUUUUAUGAAACUCCCAUGAACUUUGUAGACCCUAAGGAGUACAACUACCCUGGGCUGGUGAGAAAAAACCGCUACAAAACCAUCUUACCCAACACACACAGCAGAGUGAUCUUGAAGUCACUGGAUGAAGAAGAUUUCCUCACUACUUACAUCAAUGCUAAUUAUCUCAAAGGUUAUGGGGGUGAGGAGUGUGCAUACAUUGCCACCCAGGGUCCCACCGUGAACACAGUGGGGGACUUCUGGAGGAUGGUGUGGCAGGAGAGAACACCAAUCAUAGUGAUGAUCACCAACCUGGAAGAGAAAAAUGAGAAAUGUGCAGAGUACUGGCCUGAGGACACUGUGACCCAUGAGGGCAUCGAGAUCACUGUUGUCACGGUAACCCAGGAGGAUGACUACAGUCUGAGGGUGUUUACUUUGAAGUGUGGAGGAGAGGAGCGCAGUCUGCGGCAGUACUGGUACACCUCGUGGCCUGAUCAGAAGACUCCAGACAAAGCUCCUCCUCUUCUGGAACUGGUGCAGGAAGUGGAAAGGGCCAGAGAAGAAGCCCCACCCUCCAGUGGCCCUACAAUUGUCCACUGCAGUGCUGGAAUUGGUCGAACUGGCUGCUUCAUCGCCACUUCCAUCCUGUGCAAGCAGCUGAGGACCGAGGGUGUGGUGGACAUCCUGAGAACCACCUGCCAGCUCCGUCUGGACAGGGGCGGGAUGAUCCAGACAUGCGAGCAGUACCAGUUCGUGCAUCACGUUCUCAGCCUGUAUGAGAAGCAGCUGCCUCACACUGCUGAGGAGUAGAGUGAGCGCUACAGCCACACCCAGACCGAGACACACCACUGUACACUGUACCGCCUCUGGUGGUAUGCACCACUGUACCUAGCAUCAUCUCAAUCUCACCCUUUAAAAGUUCAAACCAUGUUAAUCCCUUCACCCAAAACAGGCUUGCUCAGACAGGACUGAAUUAAAUCUGUGCUUACUGUAUGUCUUUGAGCAGAACAAACAUAGGGAGGUGGGAUUGGAGAUAGCCCCCCCAAAAAUCCUGAUCAGAGACUUGUUUCACACAGUUCUGGAGAAUCAAAACAAUCAGGCCCUGAAAUAAUGCAAGCCCGCACUCCUGACAUCAUUUCAUUUGCACUGCUGAGGUUUUUUAAUCACAUUAUGUGGAAGAGUCUCAGUCAUCAAGGCUUCACUCAGUAUUUACCCCCUUGCAUACUGUAUGUACAGUUAGAAAAAGGUAAAACUAGAGCUCAAGUAUGAUCAGAUCACCUGCAUUGGUGUCAGUUUGCUGUAAGAAGGAAACUCAAGUUCCCCCAAAGUUAGUGUCAACAAUAAGGGCCCUUCACAGUAUAAGUGCCAGCAUAAUUUAAAUCUACAGAAAUGAUCAAAUGCCAGCCUAAUAUUAAACACGACAUAGAUGUAAAGUCCACAUGAAAUAUAAGUUAACUAACAUUUUUUUCUCAUUGAUUCUCACUUUUAAUGUAAAAAGAAAUCAUUUCAGAAGGCCUGUUUCAACUUUUGAUGCAUUCAGGAGCCACCUCAUCUUCAGGUUGCAUGGUGCUAAGUGUUCAUUAAAGGCAUGUGCAAUGUUAUGGAACAUAGGAAUGUAUAACAAUUAGGUUAUUAAUUAACUGAUUAGGAUUUCUGUGCAAUCUACAGUAUUACAGUUUUACCAUGCUGCCUGUGCAGUUCUCAUGGCCCAUGAUGUUUACAGUAAACAACUCCUUGCAUUAAGGCCACAUAGUCGUACACUUGGAGGCGUCACAGAGCCAGCGACACUGAGGGGACUGAGGCCAGAAAUAGAAUCAGAAUGUCAGAAAAAUCAACGCAAAGCCCAAUCAAAGCUUGGGAGAAUGUGACAUAUAUACACACAAAGGGAAAUGUAAUGCACAGAAAAGUAAAAAGUUGCAUUAAAAAUGCCCCAUAAGCUAAUCUUCUUGUAAAUGUCCCAUUACUAUCAUGAUCACCCUCAGAGUUACAUGCUCCGUGAUGCCUCUGCUUUCCACAGUAGCUUGAACACAUCCGUGAAGUAAGAAGCCCAUGAUUGUUGUAUAGACAGGCCAGGCCUAAUCUGUAUGAAGCACAAUAGACCAACUAAGGUUGUCUCUGAUGUUCAGCUGUAAAAGUUAUUUUUUUUCCGUAUUGUGUUUUGAUUGUGUUGAGUUUAAUGGAUUGCAUGUGCUGUAUGGGACUUCCAUAGGUCCACAAUCAAAGCGACGUGAUUGGUUGUCCUGCUUUUUGUUGUGUAAAAGGGUUUAAAGCCUAUUAUAUUGCUUGCUCUCGGCCAAUGCUUUUGAUACAGUUUGCUUUUGUGAAACCAACCAGAGAUAUUUUUAGAACAUUUUGAUACAAUCCUUUCGAGUAGAUGCCUUGUGUAUAUUUCCGUUUACACCAUGAUGGAAUGUAGCUCAUACUGUGGAUCAAACCAUCGGUUUAUAUUGCAAGAUUUGACAGAACAAAAUGUGACAACUACCUAAGUUACCUUAACAGUACAGAAAAUAAAUAGAUUAUGUUCAGUCUUCAGUAUUAUUACUUUAUGCCUUUAGGCUUUGCUUUAAUAUGCUUUGCUUUCUGUGUAUGUUUUUUAUCGUUUUUUCUUGGAGAAUUUUACCUCAGACUGAGUUUUUACGCAGUCCCCACUCGAUUCCAUCUGUGACUCUAGGCCACUCUCAGUUGACAACACGAGAAAUAAUUGCUAUGUGUAAGGCAGCUAAAAUAGUGAAGAGUUUUCUAUGGAACAAAAAUCACAACAACUUCUAUCUUGACUCAAUGCAUCAGAUCAACAGUCACAAACAUUAUCAGAGGAUUGAGUUAACCGUAUGGGCAUCGGACCAAUUUAUAAACAUCAAAUCUACUAGCAAAUUAAACUGCCAAAAUUACCUUUUGCAGGAAAAUAGUACUAGGAUUGAUAAGAAAAGCUACAAUCUGUUGUUGACUUUUGACAUGAUCCUCUGAUAAUGUCCAGUGUACUCAACUGAAAAUCUUUUAUUUUGAGUGCUUGUUUUCAAUGCUUACCUGGUCCUCCUCUGAAGAUCAAAAUGGGGAUGAUGAAACAGCCAACAGACAUACAACCAACCAGCAAUCAGUAUUCCUCUCCCCUGCUACAGUAUCGCUUUAAGUUGUGAGUUUUUGCAUCCAAAUAAAGGUAGAUUUUCAUGAA